UGUGCAAGGACAUUCGAAACACUGAAACACGAGCUGUGAGCUUCUUCAGUUUAAAAGAGGUGUGAUUCUUUUACAAGCCAUGCUUUGUGAGAGUAGACUAUGGAGCAUGACUUAUGGUGAAAUGGACGAGGUCAGAGUUCUUCCUCCUGAAAAGGCUCACCAAAGUCGUACCAGGAGUGAGCUGCAGAGAGCUGCUGCUGCUCUUAUGCCAGGAUCCUCCCGCCACUCUCCCGUCAUAUACCAUAACUCACCAGAGCAGAUGGGCAGGAUGGAUUACAGACCCUCUGAGAGGAGCACCUCAAUCCAGUCACACAUUUCUCCACAGCGGGAUCUCCAGAGAGCCCAGCCUGGCAGGCAGAGCUCUCGAGAGAUAGAGAUCCCAAUCCUGGCUCGUUCAGGUGGCGAUGUCCCCUUUCUGGUGCCCUCCUUCUGUCAGAGCAUCUGCCAAAACUACAGUGACCUCCAUAUUGGAGGUGACCAGGUGCUGCCCCUCUCUGCCAGUGAUGGUGAGCUCCGGAUCUGCACUGAGAGCCAGGCUGUCGGCCCCUUCCUCCAGUCUUGUGAUGUCCCCCCAGCGGUGGUGGAUUCUCCCCCAGAGCAGACGUCUCAGGGUGGGCCUCUGUGUCCACUGAGGGGGGGCUCAACACGUUGGAGACUGGGGAGUGGACGGGACCGGAGCUUUUUGUUCCAAGGGCGGGAAGGGCCCUUCUCCAACUCCUUGCUCAACCGCUACCUGGAGCACAAACUGUUGGAUCUUUACCAGCAGUACAUGAUGGAGAGCAUGGCCAGGGGAGGGGGAAGUGACUCUGGCUCUGACCAAGGCCCCACUCUGCUGGGCUCAGAGAUGGUCCUGACCAGCCUGGACCAGAUCACUUUGCAGCUGAGCCGGGAAGGGAACCUGGAAGCGGGUUUGGCCAAAGACAUGGUGCUGAGCUGCUUGCUGCGGGUAGCCGGAGAUAUGCAGUCCAGUGAGAUCAGCACUCCCUUUCUGCAGAUCUCCAAUGAGACCUCAAAGGACCAGAGCACAGAUGAUACGGAGGGAUAACUCCAAUGUCGAGGAACUCUCAACUCAUCUGAUGAAAGACAUU